CAUCUCCCCGGCCCGGGGGCGGGGGUCCCCGGGGGGCCGGCAUGGCGGAGGAGAAGAAGCUGAAGCUGAGUAACACGGCGCUGCCCACGGAGUCCAUGAAGGUGGUGGCCGAGUCCAUGGGCAUCUCCCAGGUGCCCGAGGAGACCUGCCAGCUCCUCAGCGACGAGGUCAGCUACCGCAUCAAGGAGAUCGCCCAGGAGGCCCUCAAGUUCAUGCACAUGGGGAAGCGACAGAAGCUGACCACCAGCGACGUGGACUACGCCCUCAAGCUCAAAAACGUCGAGCCCCUGUACGGGUUCCACGCCCAGGAGUUCAUCCCCUUCCGCUUCGCCUCCGGAGGCGGCCGGGAGCUCUACUUCUACGAAGAGAAAGAGGUGGACCUGAGCGACAUCAUCAACACCCCCCUGCCCCGGGUGCCCCUCGACGUCUGCCUCAAAGCCCACUGGCUGAGUAUCGAGGGCUUCCAGCCGGCCAUCCCGGAGAACCCGCCCCCCGCCCCCAAAGAGCAGCAGAAGGCCGAGGCCACGGAGCCCAUGAAGUCCACGAAGCCGGGCCAGGAGGAGGACGGACCCCUGAAGGGCAAAGGUCAGGGGGCCGCGCCGACGGACGGCAAAGGGAAGGAGAAGAAGCCGCCGUCCCUGCUGGAAGGGGCCCCGCCGAGGCUGAAGCCGCGCAGCAUCCACGAGCUGUCCGUCGAGCAGCAGCUCUACUACAAGGAGAUCACCGAGGCCUGCGUCGGCUCCUGCGAGGCCAAGCGGGCCGAAGCCCUGCAGAGCAUCGCCACCGACCCCGGCCUCUACCAGAUGCUGCCCCGGUUCAGUACCUUCAUCUCCGAGGGGGUUCGUGUGAACGUGGUCCAGAACAACCUGGCCCUGCUCAUCUACCUGAUGCGGAUGGUCAAGGCGCUCAUGGACAAUCCCACGCUGUACCUGGAAAAAUACGUUCACGAGCUGAUCCCGGCGGUGAUGACGUGCAUCGUGAGCCGCCAGCUGUGCCUGCGGCCCGACGUGGACAACCACUGGGCCCUGCGGGACUUCGCCGCCCGCUUGGUUGCCCAGGUCUGCAAGCAUUUCAGCACCACCACCAACAACAUCCAGUCCCGCAUCACCAAGACCUUCACCAAGAGCUGGGUGGACGAGAAGACCCCCUGGACGACCCGCUACGGCUCCAUCGCCGGCUUAGCCGAACUCGGCCACGAGGUGAUCAAGACCCUGAUCCUGCCCCGGCUGCAGCAGGAGGGCGAGCGGAUCCGGAGCGUCCUGGACGGGCCCGUCCUCAGCAACAUCGACCGCAUCGGCGCCGACCACGUCCAGAGCCUGCUGCUGAAACACUGCGCCCCGGUGCUGGCCAAGCUCCGGGCCCCGCCGGACAACCAGGACGCCUUCCGCUCGGACUUCGGCUCCCUGGGGCCGCUGCUCUGCUCCCACGUGGUCAAGGCCCGAGCCCAGGCCGCCCUGCAGGCCCAGCAGGUCAACCGGACCACCCUGACCAUCACCCAGCCCCGGCCCACGCUGACGCUGUCCCAGGCGCCCCAGCCCAGCCCCCGGCCCCCGGGCCUGCUCAAGGUCCCCGGCUCCAUCGCCCUGCCCGUCCAGACCCUGGUGUCGGCCCGGGCCUCGGCCCCGCCCCAGCCGUCCCCGCCGCCCACCAAGUUCAUCGUCAUGUCGUCGUCCUCCUCGGGGGCCUCGUCCUCGCAGCAGGUCCUGUCCCUGAGCACGUCGGGCUCGACGACGACGUCCCCCGUGACCACCACGGUGCCCAGCGUCCAGCCCAUCGUGAAGCUGGUGUCCACGGCGCCCGCGGCCCCCCCCAGCGCGGCGCCGGCCGGCCCGGCGGGCGUCCAGAAGUACAUCGUGGUCUCCCUGCCCGCCGCCGGGGAGGGCAAGGCCGGCCCGGCCCCGCUCCCCGCCAGCCCCUCCCCGCUCGGGGGACCCCUCUCGGGGGGCAAGUCGGAGUCCGGGGACAGCCCGCCCCCGGCCCCCGGGACCCCCAAGCCCAACGGCGCGCAGGUCUCCGGCUCCCCCCAACCCGGCCCCUGAGGCCCCGCCUGCCCCGCUCCCGCUGUACAGCCCCCCGGCCCGCUCCCAAUAAA